CCCCGCUUCCUUCACUUCGCGGCCUUUGCGAGAGAAAAGCGCGGAAAACCGAGCGACCGAGAUCUGGUUUGAUAGAGAGUCGUGCUUUUUCCCUCCUUUUUUUCGCCGUCCAGUCCGAGUGAAAUGGACGAGUCUCUGGGGGGGAAAAAAAAGGUUGUUUUCGUGUCCCUCUGCCUUUUGUGCACCACUGUUUGUUCAACUUUUGGGGAGAAUUCCACUGUGAGUGAGCGACAGGGGUUCGAUAUCAUCACCCACCCCCUUCCACUGUGAGUCUCCACCUCUGGAGCUUAGCAGAGUGUAAGGCUCCCUCCCUUCCCUCUCUGCGACACACUGCAAAGGGGCUCGUAUCAGGGCCGUCCGGAACAGCAGACCUCGAGACGGCCGUCUGCCCGUCCUCCACAGGGUUGCGGGUGGCCUCGCUGCAGCUGUCAGUUUUCCUUUCUCAUCCGUGCAGUAGGUGCUCUCCAUGCCUCUUCCGAGCCGCGACCGGGACACAGUUCUCCGCCUCCUCCGAUAGACCUGUGCUCCAGAACUCGCUGGAUCCAUUCAUUUGUCUUGUUGGAUUAACUCGACCGAACGUCCACUUUUCCUCGAGGAUUAUCGAUGCGCUCGUACCUGUAGAAUCCUAUUUUACCCUCCAUUUUUGGCGGCAUUUCAGCCUUGGAGUACCUGUACCUGCCUACAACUACUUCUGCCUUAUUUCCAUAUUUGUUUGUCACUGACGCUGAUUAAGGGUUGCAAGCACUUUGUAACUCUCCACCCACACCGGCUGGCGGUUAAAGAUGAGGGGAAUCGCCCUGGGGCUAGGUGUCGCCUUGCUGGCUGUGUGUUGUCUGCUGACGCUUGGACACAGCGCAGACUCGCGAGUCGCGGCGCCGGGGGGAGUCCGACCUCGCCGGAGAGCAGAGCUGCAGGAGGACCGCGAAGAUGAGGUGGCUGAGAUCCACCCCGCCAUGGAAGCUGAGAUGGGGGCUCUCAGGGUCAAACCGAAGAAGAAGAAAUCCAAGGAAGAAAGACUGGCAGCCAGGCUCAAGAAAGCAGCUGAGAAGGAGGGCAAGGGUAAGAAGCGUAAAGAACCCAAGCCCACCAAGAAACCAAAGGGCCCCAAGGCCACAAAAAAACCCAAAGCUCCCAAGUCUACCAAAAAGCCAAAGGGGUCCAAGAAGAACAGAGACAAGUCUGGGAAGAAGCACAAGCACGUGAAGGAGGAAGUGCAGACAGAAAGACCUCCAACAACAACCCCCAGACUGGUGGAAGAGGACUACAUUGUGGGCUGGGACAAGGAGAAGUUGUUCUCCACUGAAGCUCCAGAGAUGGAGGAAUACUACUACCCAGAACCAGACCAUGAAGACCUCCUCUGGAAGGCGCCGGAGACGUCAGCGCCCCCAGUGAUUGUGACUGAAACAGAGGUGAUGAGGAAGGAGGAGGAUGACUACUGGGAUCCAACAUAUGAUGAGCUUGGACCCUUUCACUUCCCCUAUGGCAAAACGGUUAUUCCCACAGAGGAUUGGCGCUAUCCCAUCCCAGAGCCCAGUCCCCCACCUUCUCCACACUUUAUAGAGCCCAGUCCUCCACCUCUACCACCUGUUGAAAAGCCAUGGUUUGAGGACUACGACUACAGAUACAAUGCUAAGAGGCUGGAGGAGAUAAGGGAAAAGGAGCAAAAAGAGUUAGAAGAAAAAGAAAAACAGAGGAAAAUGUGGGAGGAGGAGGAGGAGGAGGAGGAAAACGCGAGAGCCAGGCCACCACCCAUCUACAGGGAGCCAAAGAAAUGCCCUCCACUGGGUCUUGAGUCCCACCGGGUGGAGAAUGACCAGCUCCUGGCAUCCUCCAUGUCCUAUCAUGGCUUUGGCCCUCAGAGAGGACGCCUCAACAUCCAGGCCUCAGAGGAUGAGGAUGAUGUGUAUGGUGGUGCUUGGUGUGCCAAUCCUGGGGAGACAGAGCACUGGUUUGAGGUGGAUGCACGCCAGGACACAGAGUUCACAGGGGUCAUCACCCAGGGCAGAGAUUCUAAAACAAGCGAAGACUUUGUCAUGUCCUACUAUGUGGCCUUCAGCAACGACAGCCGGGAGUGGACUGUGCUGCAAGACAGCUACUCCGAGUGGCUGUUCUUCGCCAAUGUGGACAAAGACACGCCCGUGGUGUCCCAGUUUGCAGAGCCCGUGGUGGCACGUUACAUCCGUAUCCUCCCCCAGAGUUGGAACGGCAGCUUGUGCAUGAGGCUGGAGGUGAUGGGCUGCCCAUUACCCAAUGGCAACAGCUAUUACCAUAUGCAGAAUGAGGUCAUUCCAGUGGAUGACUUAGAUUUUAGGCAUCACAGCUACCAAGACAUGGAACAGAUGAUGAAAUCAAUCACCGAGGAGUGUCCAAAUAUCACCAGAAUGUAUGAAAUUGGAGAAAGCUUCCAAGGGCGUAGGAUCUACGUCAUGGAGAUCUCGGAUAACCCUGGGGAGCAUGAGACAGGUGAGCCAGAGUUUCGCUAUACGGCCGGGAUCCAUGGGAAUGAAGCACUGGGGCGGGAGCUGCUUCUUCUGCUGAUGCAGUUCUUAUGCAAGGAAUACAAGGACGGCAACCCUCGAGUGCGCCGUAUCGUGGACGGAAUACGCAUCCACUUGGCACCGUCACUCAACCCUGAUGCCCAUGAAUUGGCCUUUGAAGCUGGAUCGGAACUUGGAAACUGGGAUUUCGGUCACUGGACAGAAGAGGGCUACGACAUCUUUGAGAACUUCCCUGACCUAAACAGCAUCCUUUGGGCAGCAGAGGACAAGGGCAUGGUUCCUCACACCACCCCCAAUCACCACAUCCCAAUUCCAGAGAGCUUUCUCUCAAAGAAUGGCUCCGUUGCAAUGGAGACAAGAGCAAUCAUUUCCUGGAUGCAGAGUAUCCCCUUUGUCCUGGGGGCUAACUUGCAAGGAGGUGAGAAGGUUGUCUCGUACCCCUAUGACAUGCACCAGAAGAAAAAGGCAAAAGAGGAGAAUGAAGAGAGCAGGAGCAGGCGGGUUGCACGCCAGUAUGAAGAAGAGGAGGAGGAGGAGGAGGAUGUUGAGAUGUGGGGGAGGAUCUACCCGGAAAAUGAGGAAGAGCCACGGGAGCUGCCCGACGAAUCCAUGUUCCGCUGGCUGGCCAUCUCGUAUGCUUCCACCCAUCACAACAUGGCCACCAGCUACCAAGGGUCUUGUCACGGGGAUGACUUAAGUCGCAGUCUGGGGAUUGUCAACCGUGCAAUCUGGAAGCCUAUCGUGGGCAGCAUGAAUGACUUCAGCUACCUUCACACCAACUGUUUCGAGCUGACCAUCUUUCUUGGCUGUGAUAAGUUUCCCCAUGAGAGUGAGCUCGCGCAGGAGUGGGAGAACAACAAAGAGGCUCUUUUGGUGUUCAUGGAGCAGGUGCAUCGUGGGAUCAGGGGUGUGGUGAGGGAUCGUGAGGGCAACGCUAUUGGCAGCGCAACCAUUUCGGUGGAAGGGGUGAACCAUGAUGUGAGGACAGCGGACACAGGGGAUUACUGGCGGCUGUUGAACCCUGGGGAGUACCGGGUCACAGUGCGAGCGGAGGGCUUCUCUCCCCUAACCCGCCUCUGUGUGGUGGGAUACGAGCCAGGAGCCACGCCCUGCAGCUUCACCCUCAACAAGUCCAACUGGGACCGCAUCCGGGAGAUCAUGGCAAUGAACGGAAACAGGCAUAUCCCACUGCUCCAGAACGGCAACGUUGUGAUGGGGAGACGGAGACCCAGCGAAAACAGCAUUAGGGGGCAUGGUGUGUCCCAUGCCUCACGACUGCGCCGUCUGCGUCUCAUGCGCCUGCGCAGGCUUAGGCAGCAGAAGCUUUUGACCAGUCAAAAGAAGACAACAACCCAAACUCCCACAACCACAGUUCUGACAACCACCAGCGCCCCAGCGACAACCAUGCCCCCGACAACCACCAAUCCUCCAACAACAACCGUGCCCCCGACAACCACCAAUCCUCCAACAACAACCAUGCCCCCGACAACCACCAGUCCUCCAACAACAACCAUGCCCCCGACAACCACCAAUCCUCCAACAACAACCAUGCCCCCCACAACAAGCUUCCCAAUUUCAACCACCACCGAGUUUCUCCUGGAGAGCAGUACCUCUGCUUACGACUCCUGGUACAUGGACACGAGCCCUACGACCGACUUCCCGUCAGUCAGCAGAGACACAACCACACAGGACUAUGUCUACUAUGACUAUUCAGAUACUUAUUAAACAGCAGUAACAGCAUGCAUUCACACUUUUGGUCUGAAAGGUGUCAUUUUGUUCAGUCUAUCUAGUGCACAUCUGUGUGUACACGAACGCGUGUGUGUAAUCAAUUUUUCCAGAACCCAGUUUUAAAGAUGUCUGUCUUGACACGAAUACACAGAUUAAUGGGUGGUUUGGCUAUCCUCCUGAGAACCAAAGCACAUAAAGAGGAGUGUUUUUUGGCUCGUCUCCCUUUAGAAUG